AUGAGGGCGGCUGCCGUCCUCAGUGUGGCGCUCGGCGUCUCGUCCGAAAGCGCGUGGGGGCGGCCGAGCGACGCCGUCGAGUGCGACCGACUCGGAGCGCAGUCCGCGCACGUCGUGGGCGUGCCGGGGGCUUUCUGCGUGCACGUGCGCCCGUGCGAAGGCGUUGGGCGCGGGGCAGCUGACGAGAGGCUCUCGUGUCCGCUCGCGGGUCAGUGGGACGUCUUGGGCGAGUCGGAGCUCCCGACGGACAGCUGCUGUGCGGUGGUCGACCGCACUAGCGGUGCAGUGGGCUGCGUCCUCAUUAGCGAAACCGAAGAGCGGAACGUCGUGUGUCUGCGGUCUGCUGACGUGAUGACGAGGACAACGAACGCGACAGAGGCUUUGCCAGUGACGACAACUGCAGAGGCUGCGGAAGGACGUGCGUCGGUAGUACCUGAGGCAGGCGGUCGAGACACGCGGACGAUGGCUUUGACGUUGGAUCCAGUGGCGGGCGCGACCACCCCAAAAAUUGCUGCGACGGCUACUGCCCCUAUGGUUGCUACGACAUCAGCUGCUGCGGCAGUGCAAGAAGAUCACGGGGUGCCGCCUUCGUCUCCGGUGGUGGCGACUCUGGCUCCAGUAGCGCCGGAGUAUGCUGCUGUGGCAGGGGCUACGGGUUGGACGACGGCACCUUCAGGGUCUGUACUAGCCGCCACGUCUGCUCCAGUGGCUGCAACUCCAGUCGCUGAUGCUGGUUCAUCAAUCCCGAUGCCGACGACAUUGGCGCCGUCCGUGGCACCUCCUACAACUCCGGCAACCGUUACGGCUGCCGCCGUCACUGUGUCCGAGUCAAGCCCGUUCAGUAGCGGACCAGUGACGACUCCACCAGAAUUGAGCUCGAUGUCAGACGCGACCGACUCGGCGAGCUCGGCCGACAUGAUGCCUCCACCAGAAUGGAGCACGACGUCAGACUUAUUCGACACGACAAGUCAGUCCGAAUCGAGCUCAAUGUCAGGCUCGACCGACUCGGCGAGUCAGUCCGAAUCGAUGUCGACGUCAGGCUCGGCCGACAUGAUGCCUCCACCAGAAUGGAGCACGAUGUCAGGUUCGAUUGAUGCAGAUUUGGCGCUCGCGCCUACUCCGAGUCCGCCGGCAUUGCCUCCAUUCACAGCAACGUCUUCGUCACAGUCAGGGUCGGACCUCGCUGAUGGGCCACCGGUUGCUUCGACGACAAAUGCGACAAGUCCGCAGCUGUUGACGACCCCAUCACCGUCCGAACAGAGACCAGCGUCAGGGUCGUCAGACGACAUCUCGACAACAGCGACAUCGACCGUUGUGGUAUCCGGAUCCGCGUCUGGCUCUGAUGCCAGCAACGAAACUGGAUCAUUUCCAGAAGUUUCCGUUGCGAAUAUGUCUACGCCAGUGCCAACGACUAUGCCCGCGGCACUUUCGUCAAGUGGAAAUGGAAGUUAUCCGGAGACAGGAUCGAGAGGGGUUGGGCCCACAGGGUCAGUCGUCGGGCCGCGUGCUACGGCUGCAAGCCCGACUAUGAACAGCAGCUCAGAUCCCUCGCCAUGGUUGGGUAAUGUGGGUUUCGGGUCAGGCGCGAGCUCGGGAAGUGCUGACGUCGGUGAUUUCUGGUCGUCAGCAAGCAAGUCAAGAGGGGAUGGAAGUCUGGACAGUGUGGACAGCGAUAAUGGCGUGGAGUCGUAUGCUGGAGAAGUUGCGGUGCCCAGCCCGCUGUUGCGGCCAUCGUCAGAGUCAGGUCCGCCGCCUCCGUCGUUGCCAGCUCCGCCGUUGUUGUUUCCCUCGUCCGGUUCGUUGAAGAGCGAGCGCGUCACGCGUCCGCCGAUCAAAUCCCCUUCGUCGAGCGGUGUGUUGGUGUUACCUCCGAUCACGGACGACAGCGCGGACAGCGUCGACCCGCUGGCUACUGGCGGCAGUCAGACUCGGGUAAAUGAUGGGGAAAGUGGUGGGAACAGCGCGCUGGGCACAAGCACGAUCCUGUUUAUUAUCGUAGGGUGUAUCGUGGCAGCAGCUUUGGUGUUCGGGGCUGUAUGGCUUCGUCCGAAGCGUGCCGACCCUCUCGAGGUGUGUGAUCCAGACGAGUCUCGAGAACCAACGGAUGCGUAUCCGUACGCCGGGUCGGAAUCUGCUGGUCCGUACGAUGCGUCAAGAACGCCACGGGUGAUAACUGGUUACGAUCGAAUGGACGUGAGGGGCAGCAACGAGUACUUUGGCGCGUAG